UUGCAUGUGGUUUGGAAUAUGAAUUUUGUGUGUUACUACAUGGAGUCUUUAAAUGAUUUGGAGAUUUGAAAAUGUUUUGCGUAUACUGGAAGUUUUUUUCUUCACGUUUGUAAAGGUCCUGAUAAACAUUAGCUCUCAAACAGAUACCGUCGUACUGCUUCAUCAUUGUGACUUUCACUUCGGGCGUUGCGUCUGAAAUACUCAAUUUCGGGGCAAGAGUACUCCUUAAAAUUUGGAUUCCAAAAUCUAAG